AUGAAAUGUCGGCUCCGUUGCUUAACUCUCUUGUAUUGCUCUCGUUAUCUUAUAAUGCCCUCAUCCUUCUCAUCCUUAAAAAUCAACAGUGAAUACACUAGUGAGGAGCGGGACAAGCAUCCACGCGUAUCCACAAAUAUAUAUAUAUAUAUAUAUAUAUAUAUUUGUUCGUUUGUGCCUUGUUCAUCCUCUGCCUAUUUCGUGACGAUGGCCACUGAAGGAGAAGUGGACUUUUGGUCGGCUACUGUGCAAGCUUUCGCUCCGCUUCAGUUGGGAAAUCCAGAACUUACGCCAAAAUUGUUGAAGCGCCCGCCCUUCCGGUUCAUUCAUGACAUCGUCACUUCAAUCAACGCUCGUUUCGCGGCGUACGAUCAUAUAUUUCGCCCGGAUCAACUAGACGCUUCAUGCAUAGACUCAAAGGAGAAGAAAAUUGAGUACCUCACAACCUUAGUUGAAUAUAUAAGCUCCUUGCUAGGAAAGAAAGUGGACGUAAACGUGAAGAAAAUAGUUUCGGGAAGCGAGCCAGAGAGGACAAAUACUUUCUUGCAAUGCCUUGCGAUGGCUGUCGGUUACGCUCAGCAGGACAAGGCAAAGAAAAACCAAGGCGCACAAUCAGCGGAAAGUUCACGUCAACAGACUGCUGAUGGGAAAGGUGCACGGGCGUCAACAAGGGAAAAGGUGCUUGUGGAUACGACUUCGUCGGAGCAGAAGUGGGAGGAUUCGGAAAGGGCGCUAGAAAAGGUUAAACUUUCCCAGGAAUCGACUAAUUUCUUCGAGAAGUUAAGUGCUUUUGGGCAGUUUCAUUUGGACGAACAGACCUCAGUGAAGGAUAUGGGGGAGAGCAUUGUAGCAAUGUACAAGGAGCUUCAAAACGACACAGCCGAAACACAGCCAACACCACUGCCGCAAGAAGCUCUAGAAACAGCCAUCAAGCGGCAAUUGGAAUCUGUUCAGAAACUCCAAGCACUAGAGGAAGAAAACAGGGAAAUAUUGAAUAAACUGAUGGUGCUGCUUACCUGA